AUGCGGGCGGUGUCUCUGGCCUGCUGCAUUAUGCAUGGAGCUCAGGGGAGCCUGGCCAGUGGAGUGUGGAGAGAGGCCCAGGAGCAAGCCACACUGUCGGACAUGUGCCUGCCCACUGCGCCUCUGGACUCAUGGACAAUAGAUGCGUCCAACUGUCAGCAGCCUAAGUGCCUGUCUUUCCUGAAGCAGACCUGCUCUUCUGGGAAAUCCUCCUUCAGUCCAUCACAUGUGGUGUGUGAGACUGAGCCUACAGCAGACAGAGCCGGGGAGAGUCAGGAACCAGCCUCUCUGGUCCACCUGACGUCACAGUGGGCUUUUCAGCUGAUCAACAUGUCCCUACCCUUCUCCAGAGCCCAGAGCGUGUGCAGAGGACACUUCAGCACACUGCCCUCCUCUGACCAGGAGGAGGAGGAACUACGUGGCCUCCGCCAGCUGCUCCUACAGACCGGAGUCAUCUCACCAGUCUGGAUUCAGGAUUCAACCAAAGCACCUUCAAAACCACAGGCCCUGUCCAAACAAUAUGUAAAAUUCUCCGCUCUCAACUUCCCAAAGGAGACUCGUGAUGGUUUCGCCCGGAUCAACAUCUCCUUCCCAGGCCUGUCCUCCAUCAGCGUGUGCGUGCGUGUGCAGUGGGACCCCCAGUGGAGCGAAGUGUCCACCAUCUUCUCCUACGCGGCCCCCGUCUUUACCAACGAAUUCCAACUUCGCAGCCAAGUCGACAGCCAGGGCCGAAUCCUGCUAGCCCUCAUCAUUCACGGAAAACACAUGCCCUACAAGGCCUCUUUCCCAAAUGACGGAAACUGGCACCACAUCUGCGUUACCUGGACACAAGCUGGCGAGCAGUGGACCAUCUACGUGGACGGGGAGAGAAAGGACGCAGGCAGUGGAGCAGAGUCGUCCAGGGAUAUACACGGAGAUGGGAUAUUCAUUUUGGGGCAGGACCAGGACUCGUUCGGAGGGAAUUUUACGGAGCCGUUCUUUGGGAAUAUCACAGAUUUGAAUGUGUGGAAUACGUCACUGGAGGCGAGGCACGUGCGGGCGCUCUACGGGUGCUCGCCAGGGUCACAUGAGGUGUUCUUCAGCUGGAAUCUAGAGCUUUUGAGCAGGCAUGAGGUGGUCAGAGAGAUGGACGCUCUGCUUUUCUGUCCAGCAAAGGACCAGCAGAUGGAGCUCCAGGGCUGUAGGACGCUGCAGGGUUGGACCAAUCAGCAGCCAGUGUUCAGCCUCAUGGACUGCUCUGAGCCACUGCUAUUCAUCUGCAGGAGCAACAAAGAGCGUUUUCUGAAGUUGAAGAAGAUCACUGAUGUGAGGGACAGUCAGCCGACAGCCUUCCUGAGCCACAUCCUCACACACUCCAACAAAACACAGGUCUCCGCCCCCUCUAGCCUGGUGGAAGCCUCGGUGCAGCUGGACUCGUGCGUGCAGGCCCUGGAGCAGACCGAGGAGGAGGGACUUCAGCCUGUGGACAUGGUGUCCCUCAUACAGCUACUGUCCCAGACCGCCGACGUCCCCCCAGAGACGGACCCCACUCCGGCCAAUCACAGCGAGGGGCGGGUCCAGAAGCUCAGCCAGGACUUCAUCAGUGUGGCCGACAGCGUGAUCAGCCAGGACAACGCCCACAAGUGGCAGGCCAUCAAAGAGGUGGUGAACGGCCCCAUGGAUGUGGUGAAGAGCAUCGACCGUUUGGUGACCAGUCUGAGCUCUCACCUGAUGGCUGAGAAUCCACAUGUGACCAUCCAAAGCCCUAAUAUCAAGUUGGAGGUGCAGCAGCAGAUACUGGAUCAGGGCUGGACCGGACCAAACUUCUGUGGACCGGACUCAGACCCAAACGCUGUUCUGGACUGCAUCUCUGUGCCCCAACACAAUAUACAAGAUCUACACAACAAUGGUUUCCAAACACUCACGCUGGUCAAUACGUGGUAUGGAUCUCUGCGUCCGCUCUUCCCUCCCGAGGAAAACAUCUCCAUUGUUCCCACGGUUACCGACGGCAGUCAGCGGUAUCUGGGCACAGUGCUGGGGUCAUCGGUCAUAUCCACCACAGUGUUGGGAGACGAGCAGCCGGUCAGUACUGCUGUCCGCUUUCAUCUACACCACAGGACCCAGGGUCCUAGUGGCACAGUGUAUGAUCCUGUCUGUGCCUUCUGGGAUUUUGAUCUUGCGCCUGAGUCUGGAGGCUGGUGGAACACCAAAGGCUGUGAGGUGGUCUCCAAACAUUACAGCUACACUGACUGCUUCUGCAACCACACCACCAACUUCGCUCUGCUCCUCCAAGUUUAUGAAGUCCAGUGGAGCCCGGAGAACCAGAGAGCCCUGGAGGUGCUGACGUUCAUCGGCUGUGGAGUGUCUUUGUGCGGCCUCCUCUUCACCUUCGUGCUCUUCAUCGCUGUGGGAGUCCCAAAGUCCGACCGAACUACCGUCCACAAAAACCUGAUCGUGGCUCUGGCCGUGGCACAAUUGCUGCUCAUGUGCAGUGAUAAGGCUUCAGCCAAUGAGGUGGUAUGCUUCCUGGUUACCGCCCUGCUCCACCUCUUCUACAUGGCUUCUUUCUCGUGGAUGCUGGUGGAGGGGCUGCUGCUCUGGAGUAAAGUGGUCUCUGUCAACAUCAGCGAGGACAGAAGAAUGAAGGUGUACUACGUCAUUGGCUGGGGCCUUCCUGUUCUGAUCGUGGGCGUCACACUGGCUGUAUCAGUGGAUGAGUACAAAGCAGAGGAACACUGCUGGCUCAAUGUGAAGAACGACACCAUUUGGGCCUUUGUGGGACCCGUAGUUUUUGUCCUAGCGGUCAACUCCGUGGUCCUCUGUCGCGUCGUCAUGGUGACGGUCUCCAGCGCUCGCCGACGGACCAAGAUGUUGAGCCCGAGUUCAGCGACCAAGAUGCAGACCUUUGACCUUACGUGGGCAGUGACCCGCCCCGUGCUCAUCCUGCUCCCUGUCCUAGGCCUCACCUGGCUCUGUGGGGUCCUGGUGCACCUGUCUGUGGUGGUGGCUUACGUCUUCAUCGCUCUCAAUGCUUUCCAGGGCCUGUAUAUUUUCCUGGUCUAUGCCGUAUACAACAGUGAGGUGAGGAAUGCCAUCAAGAGGAUCAAAGAAAAGAGGAAGGCCUUAUCUUUCACCAACUGUUCCCAGCCUAGCAGCUUCUUGCCCUCUCAGCGUGCACCUGUGACCUCAUGGGGGCGCUAUCCCCCCAUUCCCUCCAGCCCAGAAACCAGUGAGGCCUCUGGUCCCCCCAGCUCUGCAUCCACAUCUCUGGUCAUCAAAAAUGAAAGUUUCAGAAAUGAGAGUUUUGUCAGUUUCUCUAUAAGACCAUCAUCAGGAAAUCAAGUGGUUCAGCUCACAGGAUUCAAACCAUCAGGUUGUUGAGCCACAAACAAGAAGAAGAAGAAGAAGAAGACGUCUAUUAUUGUAAAUAUUUGUGCCACGGAAAGACGAGGAAGUAGUAGUGGACGAAGCAAUCCUGCGUCAUUGUUCAGUUGUGUAUAUACAGUAGAAUAGGCUGCACAAUGUUAUAUAAGCGUCUAAUGUGUCUCCUGUGUCAGACCGGAUUGUGUGAAUGUAAUUGUUUUGAUUUUGUAGUUUGUUUAAAGGUGCAGUGUGUAACUUUUCUAGCAGAGGGGCCUUCUUGUUUCCAUGGAGAUGUUAAUGCUUUACCUAGAAUGUUCUACAGUAUGAAAAGGGUCUAUAUCUACUAGGAAUGUAACAAAAUCCACGAUAUUAUCACGAUACGCUUCUCACAGUACGAUAUUUACUGAGAGGCUGAUAUAAUUGUAGAUGGGACACUUUUUUUGCUUUUAAAAUACCUUGACGAGAUUUUAGUCUGAAUUAUUACCGUCAUAAUCCCAAGAAUUCAAGUAAAACAUAUCUCUUCAUGUUGUUUGCACUGAAAUAAAUCAUGGGAUAUGUAGUUCUCUAUGUUUAUUAGCCGCUGCUACUAUAAAACUAUACAUUUAAGCAAAGAAACUUGUAAUUGGAUAUAUUGUGACAGCUCUCGAUAUUAUUUUGAGACUUUUGGCGAUACAGUAUCACAGUAUUUCAAUUGUUGACUUCCCCAAUAUCUACAGUUUAUUACGUUCUUUUCUGAUCUCUGUUUUAAUGUUGUUUCCUCACAUGUUUCACACAUUAAACACAGAAACCCUGUAUAUUUAUACUGUGUUCUCCUCUUUAAAAAAAACCCAAAACACUCUGUUCCACCUUGUGAUGUCAUGUGGUAAUACAUGAAGUGCUCCACUGUGUUUUUAAACUCCACACACCUUCACUAGAAUCAUUUGGAUUACUUCAGUUCUGGAAUUGCCAAUCUCUACUGAAAUAAAUGUGAAAGACAGCUGUUGAAAACGACCACUAUGUGACAUCACAAGGUGGAACACAGCGUUUUGAGGUUUGGAGAUAUAGACACUUUAAAAACUUUACAGCUGGCCAAAGUGUUGUACGCAAACACAGGAUAGACAAGGACAAUCGCAGUCAGAAGCGGCGCUACCAUUAGGCAAAAGUAUGCGGCUGCCAAACCUGGAGGAGCCCCCAAAAACUGCCCUCUUUGCCGCUAACGGUCGAGGCCUCAGAGCAGUUUGAUUUUCUCUCAACAUUAAAUGAGAGUAGUUUACAUUUAAACAAUAACCAUAAGAAAAAUAAUCAUAAUCAUAUGUAAUGGAUGUAAACAAAAAUGUAAUUGUACUAUCAAAAAAAUUUAACUGCUUUCAGUUAUGGUUAUCUAGUCGGCGAUCGAACUAAUAAAGCAAGUUUCCAGUCCACCGUAAUUCAAAUAAACAGAGAUGUGCAUGUUUCAUGAACAAUGGGUGAAAGCAAACAAUAAAUAUAUAUAAAAAAACAACAACAAAAAAAACGGUGCAUUAUCGUGAGGGCCCCAAACUAUAAUUCACCUAGGGUCUCCAAAUUGCUAACUCCACUGCUGAUCGCAGAACAACACAAUGCACAAUACAAACACAAUACAACUACUAAAAAACAUAGUAGUAAACCAGGUUAACUCAAAUGUGUAAAUGAAACUAAACACAACUCCAUGUAUAGGAUCUUUAAACACUAGUCUUGUAUUUAUUGAGUUCAUUGUAAAGAAAUACCUUAAAAACAUGCGUUCUCACAGUGAGCAGGAUCGCCUCUCCAUAGAUCGGACCUGUAACUUGGCAUUGCUUGCUUGUUUCCAUGAAGAUACAUAAUGCCAUUCCGUGGAACUUCAAGGCAAAGUGAAAACAUCUCCAUGGAGAUAAGCAGGUGGCAGAGCCUGUUCCAGAAAAGCUACAUAGUGCAUCUUUAAAGCAGAGGGGUAUCAUGCAUUUUGUCAAAACAGUACCACAAAGUAAUUAUCUGUAAUACUGAAUACUGUUUGUUUGUUUGUUUAUGAAGAGCCAAUAUCAAGACAUGUUUA